CCAGACUUCUACUGGCAGUUUCUGGGUCAGAUAAACUUUCCAUUGGUCACUAUGGUUUACUUUUUCUCCGGGAGAUGUUUAUAACAGAAAAGGCUCAGUAGGGGCUUUUGUCCACUUUCUCUGUUCCUCCGGUGUUUGGUACAGAGUUUCUAACUGGCAAGGAUAAAAUGAUCUGGUUAUCUCAGGAUCAUGGCAAACCUGGAACCAAGGCUCAAGAAUGCCCCCUAUUUUCGUUGUGAGAAGGGAAAUGAUUCUGUCCCUUUGUGCCAGAAGUGUGAAACAUGUAUCUUAGCCUGGAAGAUCUUUUCUACCAAAGAGUGGUUCCGAAGGAUCAGCAGCAUGUCGCAGAGGAGGUUUCUAGUUAGCAUUCUGGAACAGUUAAACAGCUUGUACUUGUUAAACUACUUCCAAAAUAUCCUUCAGACUACCCAGGGAAAGGAUUUCAUCUAUAACAGGUCCCGGAUCAAUCUCAGGAUGGAGGGGAAAGCGAAAUCCUCCUUGAACCAAAUGUUGGAUAAAACUGCGGAAGAAAAGUUGAGUGAGAUCUUGUACUGGUUUGGCAAUAGCACCCACCAGACGAAGGCAAAUUACACUCUUUUGCUGCUGCAGAUGUGUGACACCAAGUUACUGCUCAUGGCUGCCGAUGUGAUCAGAGUCCUGUUUCUGAGAGAGUGGAACAAUAUCUCAGCGCUUAGUCAAGACUCUGCCCAUGUGAGUUUUUUCCCUGAGAAAGGCUACGACCCCAAGUCUAAGACUUCACAUAUCUUCUGGGCAGCUAAACUCAAGCCCACAUCUUUCCCGUUGUCUAAAGCCCCAGGAAAUAAAACAGUGCCUGAAAAGCUGGAGAGAGAAGCAUCACAUACUGAGGGACAAUGGAAGAAUACACUGCAGUGUAUUUCCGAGAUGAACAGAAUGUUUUCUGGAAAAACAAUCACAUCGAGAUCAGAAGACAAUUCCUGCAAUCUGCUGAUAAACCUGGAUGAUGUCAGAGACCUGUCUUGUGGCUACAGCAGAUACCGGGACUUUAUCCGUCACCUCCCUCUCCAUCUCUCCAAGUACAUUCUAAGUAUGCUGGGAUGGAUGAGGGGAGUCCUCAGAGACCUCCCAUUCUGGCCCAAUCCUGGGGUUUCUGGGCCCAUCUUUCUGUUUUUUACCACUCCCCUAGGAAUGCUCGAUAGAAACACUCUGAACAAGUGUGCCUCUGUAAGCCAGCACUGGGCUGCGAUGGCUCAUCAGGUGAAGAUGGAGUUGAACACACAAACCUUCAUUCAGAACCAAAUUGCCCUCUUGCAGGGAUCCUACACAAAAGGAAUAGAUCCCAAUUAUGCCAACAAGCUUUCUAUCCCAGUUCCUAAAAUAGGAGAUGAUGGGAAGCGCAUGGGUACCAAAAAUCCCAAGUGGAAACUGAGAACAAAGAGUGACUACAAUCUGUGGACUGCAUACCAGAACCAGGAAACUCAACAGGUCCAGAUGGAGGAGAGAAAUGUUUUCUGUGGGACCUACAAUAUCCGCAUUCUCUCUGACACGUGGGACCAGAACAGAGUGAUCCAUUAUUCUGGGGGAGAGUUGAUAGCUGUGUCAUCUAAUAGGAAGAUCAAACUUCUUAACAUCUUAAAAAUCAAGGUGAUACCUAUUGAAUUCCGAGGCCAUGUGGGGAGUAUCCGGACUCUCUUCCUGUGUGAGGGGGAACACUUUCUCCUAAGCGGGAGUUACGACCUAAGCAUCAGAUACUGGGAUCUGAAAACUGGGGUUUGCUUACGGAUCUUCUAUGGCCACCAGGGAACAGUAACUUGCAUGGAUUUGUAUAAGAACAAACUUGUAUCUGGAGCCAGAGACUGUCAAGUGAAAGAAUGGGAUGUAGACACAGGGAAGUGCCUGAAGACAUAUAAACACAAAGACCCCAUUUUGGCUACCAGGAUCAAUGACACCUACAUCGUGAGCAGCUGUGAGCGAGGGAUCGUCAAAGUGUGGCACCUUGCCUUGGCCCAGCUGGUAAAGACUCUCACUGGGCAUGAGGGACCUGUGAAAUGCCUGUUCUUUGACCACUGGCAUCUCCUCUCAGGAAGCACCGAUGGCCUGGUCAUGGGCUGGAGCAUGGUGGGAAAGUAUGAGCGAUGUCUGAUGGCAUUCAAGCAUCCAAAGGAGGUGCUCCAUGUGUCCCUUCACUAUCUCCGGGUCAUCAGCGCUUGCGCAGACGGCAAGAUCCGCAUUUACAAUUUUCUCAAUGGAAACUGUCUGAAGGUGAUAAAAACCAAUGCCAGAGGUGAUCCUGUGCUGUCCUUCUUUUUUCAGGGCAACAGGAUGGUGGUCAACACCGAGAGAAAUAUUCUCAUGUUCCAGUUUGAGAAUAUAAAGUGGCAGUACUCCCUGGAAAGAAGCAAACAAAGGAAGAACAAGGAUAAAGAAGAUGAAAAGGAAGAAAAUAGCCUCAUGGAUGUUCUCUCCAAGUCUAGCACUCAGGUCCACAGUCUGAGAGACUCGAUAUCCAGUAAACAAAUACUGACCCAGGAGUUCCUACCCAAUAAGUUUCACAAAUCUCGCAUCUUUCUGAGUUCAAUGAAGUUAACUUCAGAUGAUGUGGAAAAGGUACAAGAACAAGUAAAACUGGAAACUCGUGGAGAAUUGAUGAGCCGCUUGAAGUCAAAGUCCUGGAAAACCCCUAUUUCACCUGACCGGUUCCUCCUGACUGUCAGUGCUCUACAACGAGCCCAUAAUUCUGGGCAAUUUGCCUAUCUCCACAAGCCCCAAACCCAAGUCCUUGAUGCCUGGGGACCUUCAAUUUCAUAUCCAAGGAAGGUCCUGAAUUUCAAAGGAAAAUCAAUCCAACAUGCAGUUGAUCGCUUGAGAAUCAACAAUCAUCCCAUAGAUGUGAAACAAACUAGUACUCCCUUUGAAGUCCAGAAACUGCAGCCCAACUUGAAGAAAUCUUUGCAUAGUCCCAGAGUCCUGUCCACCGUACCCCAGCCCAUGAUUAUCCGCUCUAGGUUUUCUGACAGAUUAAAGGGUGAAGAUCAAAUAACCAGUUCAAUUGAAGGGGCAGUGCCCAGUAUGGGGCCCCUGACCAGCAUGCAGGUCAUUAAGCCAAAUCAUCUGCUGGCUUCCCGACUGGGCACGGCUACCCUGUCUCUCCAGAGAGAAAGGCCUCGCUUCUACACAACCCUGGAUCCCCUUCGAAUGAACACUGAAUUCAUGCUGUUGACGGUAAAAGAGGAAAAAGAGUAUGAGGAAGCCAUGAUGAAGGAAUAUCAGGCCAGCGAACCCACAAGAGUAGAUGAUCCAGGAAAAUCCAGGAAAGCUGCAUGGAUCCGGAAGGUCAAAGGUUUGCCCAUUGAUAAUUUCAUGAAGCCAGGGAAAACAGCAGCCCCUGAACUUGGACAAAAUAUGUUUAUCUAAACCAACCUCAGGAAAUUACAAUGUCUUAAAUAAACAGAAAACUAGGUAGGUUUGGGUAGUUUUUUUUUUUUUUUAAUUCCCUGGCAAGUAAUGUGAAAACUCCUAAUUAUCUUCUUGUGAUCAAAGGAUUGCUAUAACAGUAAGAAAACAGAAGGACUGGAAGAUAUUGGCAUCUGCAUUCCCACUGGAAACCACUUAGUGAGACUUAGGGAAGUCCAAUGUCAUCGAGUCGGGUAGGGAGGUGAUCACUGGAAAUGAGAUACACUCAUCACUACCAAUUUCAUGCUAUGAUUCUUCCUAUCAAAUGAAAUGAUGGUGAGGUAGGGGAAAGAGGCAGAGUAGGAAAAUGGUAAGAGUCAGUAAGAGGAUGGAUGUCAGGACCACCGUUUGAGUUGUUUCAUCACUUGAUGUGCUCUAGCAAGUCAAACAACACCUGUUUCCCAAACAGGACAAAAGGCUCCAUUCUUACAAAAAAGACAACUAUGCAAUUCAGCCUGAGCAUGCACACAUGACAAAAUCUCAAGGACAGGUUACAGGGAGCCAGUCAACUUUUUCUCAGGUGCCUUUAAAAGAAGGGAUAUCAAGAGACCAUGGAGGCACUCUUGCUCCUCCCAUACUCUGUUGGGAACUUUCUUACACUUCUGAACCAUAACCUCUUUAAUAAAUUUCUGCUUAUCUUGGUAUUCAUG